AUUUCUGUGUAUCUUAUUAUCAAUAAUAACAUAAGCCAACUUGAGAGAGAAAACAAUAAAAGAGUUAAUCAUAAUUAAUUGCUAAAAAAUUUUGACUAAUCAGACGUCUACAAAUAAAAUGCGGUCAAAGUGUCCUUUUUAUAAUAGGUAAUAGCGGUACUAAAAUAAAGACAGUUAUUUGAAUAUUUUAACACAUUGAAUUUAAAUUUUUUUAAGGUGAUAAUUAUAUCUAAUUUAAUGUGCAAAUGAUUCACCGUUACUUUGAAUGGAUCAUACUCGUUAAAAUAUUUUUUUUAAGUUUAAAUGUAUCAUGAUCAUUCAGUUAGUAAUACAUCAAGAAUAUGUUUGGAAUUAUUUUAUCUAUUUUUAUAAUAACAAUGGGAUUUAUAAUUGGUGAGAUUAAUGGUGUAUUUAAUGAAUCCUUGAGGGAUGAUAGUGCAUUAGAUAUUUAUCAGCAUCAAGAUAGACAAGCAAGAUUUUUUCCGUUAUUUAGUGUUGUUAGAUUUAAAAAUUCCGAGUGUUCUGGAAAUUCUGGAAAUACAUUUCGUGGUACUUGUUUUACUAAAAAUGAAUGUGCAAAAUAUGGUGGUAUUUCUUCGGGUAGUUGUGCUAAUAAACUUGGUGUUUGUUGUACUUUUCGUAAAGAGUGUGGAACAACUUCAAAUGUUAAUAAUACUUAUUUUGUUAAUCCUGGAUUUUAUUCAUCAUAUGAAGGAGGAGAAAGAUGUGUUAUUACAAUCAACAAAUGUAAUUCGAAUAUUUGCCAGCUACGAAUUGAUUUUUUGGAAUUGAGUUUAUCACAACCAAAUGGAAGUGGCGUAUGUGAUUAUGAUUUUUUACUUAUUUCUGGUGGUUCUACAAGUGUGCCCAGAAUUUGUGGUGAUAAUUCAAAGCAACAUGUUUAUGUAGAAUUUUUUGAAAAUAAUCCAAUAACCAUAUCUAUAAAUACAAAUGCUGAGUAUAAAUUUGGACGUAAAUGGAAUUUAAGAAUUCGUCAAAUUGCUUGUGAUUCACCUUGGCGAGCACCAACAGGUUGUUUGCAAUAUUACAAUACAACUUCAGGUUCAGUCACAAGUUUCAACUAUGGAACAACAACAAAUCCUCGAGCAUCAAUACUACCACCAUUAGUUGGAACACGUCAAUUACAAAAUCUUAAUUAUGGUGUAUGCAUUAGAAUGGCCCUUGGAUACUGCACAAUUGAAUGGUCACAAUCAGAAACAAAUUCAUUUUCAAUAUCUGGUGAUUCAAGUGUUGUUGAUUAUACACCAGGAAUUGAUUAUUCAAGUUCAGGAGUUGAUUGUGAUCAUAAUUAUGUUAUUAUUCCAAAUCCAUCAAUAAAUGGAUCUAGAGAAACAACAGAUAGAUAUUGUGGUAAUGGUUUUUCAACAAAAACAAGUAAAAGUAAACCAUUUGUAUUAUAUAUUGUUACAAAUACAGAUCCAAGAGCUAAUGGUCCAUCAACAGAUCCAAAUGCACCAUCACCUGAUCUUGAAAAUCGUGGUUUUAUUUUAAAUUAUCGUCAAAUACUUUGUGAUCUUUGAAAAUUAAAUAAAUCUUUUGCUCUUAAA